UCGUCAGUCCUAAAUCAAGAGGCACGGUAGUGCCUCGCGCCAAGUGUAUGCGCAGCGAGGCACCACCGUGCUUCUUUUACGCGAGACGUCGUUUGCGAGAAGACCGUAUCGGAUCUCAAUAACGACUUAAUUGAUUGAUUUCUAAAUAGGCUUAAUGGAUAGCUUACAUCCGAUUUAUAUCAUAAAAGUGUUUUUAUUUUUCCGCUAUAUGACUUACGAGCGGAGGUAUCGCGAUUAGAAUUUUUCGCUCAAGAGUAAAUUUGGUUUAAGAAACGUCGUAGCCAUCAUCAUCAUCAUUAUUAUCGUCGUCGCCCGGCGCCUAGGACGAAUGGUGGGGAUUUGUACUGUUGUAUCCUCCUUUAUCUUUUGUGCUCACACAUUUGACAACAAGGAUGAACGAUGCACCAUGCGCCAUGAAACGGAACGUACCAUGUGUAUCGUGAUUGGUGAAGAUAAUCGAAUCCGCGCCGCCGCGUGUCGAUCGAGUGACAGUUCGAGGUUAGAGACGUGUUGACGCGUGCGAGGUUAGCGGCGAGUUAGUUUUUAUUAGUGUUAUGCAUAAUUAUGCAUAUUACAUCGUGGAGUACAUCGUGGAUUACAUUGUAGAAGGAAAUUUGCAUAAUCAGAUAAGUUAUACAGUUUUCAUUUUUGUUAGAAUAAAUAAACUAUUCUGAGAUAAAAUUGAUACUUUGUGUUAUGUUUCUUUUUUUAGUUAAAAGAAAGAGGAAGAAUUACAAAUCUUAUAAGCCAAUUCCAAAGAAGCUGAAGUUGACGGAAGAGCAGCAAGAAGCGUAUAAAAUCAUUAAUACUACAACCUUACAAAGCCACUAGUUCUACGUUAUUUACAAAGCUACUAGUAUUGGAUAGUAUGAAUGAUUUGUUCCAGUCAAAAUUGCUAUAUGGUAAGAAAAAUUUUCAUCAUACAUUCACAAAGAUCACAUUCAAAAUUUUAGUUAUUGUUUAAUUAAUGCUCUUGAAACAUAUAAUCAUAUGCCGACUUGACAAACUUGAGAAGUUUCCGUGACAGCCACGCUUUUGUUCACUUACGUAAGAUCAAUACUUUGUGUUAUUCUUUUUUAGUUUUAAAAGAAAGAGGAAGAAUUAGAAAUCUUACACUAUCAAGGUGUAUCUUAGACUUAAACCAAUUUUAAAGAAGCUGAAGUUGACGGAAGAGCAGCAGGAAGUGUACAAAAUCACUAAUUCUACAACAUUACUUACAAAGCUACUAGUUCCACAAUGUUACUGACAAAGCUAUUAGUACUGGAUAGUAAUAAUUUGUUCCUGUUAAUACUACACUGCUCACUAUUUAGUUUGGAUUUAAAAUUCCUUAUGAUAUUACGAAUGUAAUUUCCGCAAGGACAUACAAUGUAGAGCUCGGUUAAAAAUAAAAAAUGGAAAAUAUAUUGUCAAUGGAACACAUAAUCAUGAAAAACCUGUGCUUGAUCUCGGAGAAAUAAAAAAAGAAAUCGAAGGAUCAAAAACAUUCGAAACAACAAGAAUGAUAAAAAAGAGAAUAAUUUCCAAAUAUGAUCAUUUGCUAAACCUGACAACUAUUGGUAAUAUGGAAAAAGCCAUUGAGCGGAAUAGAAAGCAAAAUCUGGGAUGCAAUCCAAAAAAUCUGAAUGAUUUAUGUAAUGUAUUAAAAACACAUAAUUGGAAACAAUUAUUAAUGAUAGACCUAGCAGAUCAUUUCCUCGUUGAGUUUGUCCUAAAAAAUAACUGCACAAAAGCAGUUAUUUUUAUUGAUAAAAUCCUAAUGGACAUAUUAAAUAAUGAAAUAAACGAGGAAAGAACAAUUUAUGUUGAUGGUACUUUUGCGACAGUACCUCAGCUCACUAAUAAUAAUUGUCAAUUGUGGACGAUUCUCAUGAGACAUAAUAAUAGAACAUUUCCAAUUGUCUACGGCAUAAUGGAAGGACGCAAAACAGAAAAUUAUAUUGACGUCUUGAAAAAAGUAGUGGAUAUUAUCUCAUUAACACCUGCUACAGCAAUGUCCGACUUUGACAAAGCUGAACAAAAAGCUUUGAAAACAGUUUUUCCCCACGCUAAAGUUAUUGGUUGCUAUUUUUAUUAUAGCCAGGCGUUAAUAGAUAAUGCUGACAAACGCGGCAUUUUAAAAGGAAGUGAUAAAGAAUUAGGUUGGGAUGCAACCAAAUUGUUGAUAUAUCUGGCUCUUUUACCAAAGCAAUUAAUAGAAGAAGGGUUUUACAUAAUAGCCAAUAUUAUUUUUGACGGUUGCAUAAAUGUACAACCAUUUAUAAAUUAUUACAAGGACACCUGGCUAAAUGGCUUUAAGCCCGGUACGUUCUGUGUUUUUAGACAAAAACACAGAACGAAUAAUAUUUCCGAACGCCCUACCAGGAGCUUAAACAGAAUCUAAGAAAACAUUCAAUGUAAACGUACCAUUGCAAAUACUUUUCUUUCCAGAAUAUUUAUGCUCUUCUUAAAAUUCAAUAUUAUUUACAGCUUAUUUAACCGAGCACCAGAAAAAUAUUUGUAGCUUGACGAGGCAUCCAAAAUUCUGGGCGAGAUUAGAGCGCGAUAGCCUGAAAAAGAGAGGACGAAUUAAGAAAAAUCUGGACAGAAAUAGAAGAAACAAGCGCAGCAAAUUUAAAUUUAAUGCUAAUUUUAAAUAAAUUAUCAAAACUUAUCGGGAAAAGAGAAAUAAAUUAAUAAAUACUAUAAUUAUUCUCUAUUUUUCUUUAAUCUUUCUUCUUUUGCAAAAAUAAAAACAGUGUAGCAAGAUUAAGUAUACAGCAUCACAAGUCAUUGCGAUUCCUUGAUUUCUUUCAUUAUUUUUAUAAGUUUCAUAAGACUCUUGUAUAUGUUUUAUUUACAAUAUGUCAAUAAUUUUUUCAAUUUUUUUAUUUUCAAUCUUGCUAUAUACACUGCAUGUCUUAACUUUUGCGAAAAUUUGUAAGACCUGUAAAAAAUUCUUUAUAUAUAAAGUUUGACGAUUAAAUACGAUAUAAUAUAUAUAAUAUAUUUAAUAUGUAUAAUUACACAUACUUAUGCAGCGGUUAACCAUUUUCUUAUUAAUUAUUAAUAUUUGUUUUCAAUUUUGUGUCAAACAAAUUGUUUUUUUUAUGAAUCGAUUCUCGAAAUUAAUGAAAGAAAGAAUCGGUCCAACAACAUCAACAAUUACAGUGCGCAUAUAAAUAAAUUAUCUUCCACUUUAUAAGAA